AUGGAGUUUCGUGGUUUCAUAGAGAAUAUGGGGCUGUUGGACAUACCUUGUGUUGGAGGAAAGUUUACUUGGUUUAAGGAUAAUGGGAAGGCAAUGAGUAGACUUGAUAGGUUCUUGAUUUCGAGAAAGAUGUUAGACGAAUGGGGUGUGGUGGAUCAAAGAAUUGAGAAUAGAAAUAUCUCGGAUCAUGCUCCGAUCCGUUUGAAUAUCGGGCAGGAGGUUUCGAAGGAUAUUUGCAAUAGUUUAAAUGUGAAAGAGUGUAUGCUUAAAUUGAAAUCUAGGCAACUUUGGUUGCAAGAGGGAGACAAGAAUUCAAGAUUUUAUCACAACUCUAUUAAGGAUAGACUAAGAAGAAAUUCGAUUACAUCCUUGGAGGGAAGGAAUGGUAGGGUCGAGGGUGUUGCAAACAUAAAGAGUGAGGUUUUUAGCUACUUUCAAGUUUUCUUCAAAGAAGAAAAUAGUGAGAGACCUAUUCCAGAAAACUUAAAUUUAAAUAGUUUGAGUGGGGGUGAUGCCGAGUGGUUAGAGAGACCGUUUACGGAAGAGGGGGUUAGGGAAGCUGUGUGGGCUUAUGACGAUAGUAAAAGUCCCGGGCCAGAUGGUUUUUCGUUAGAAAUUUUCAAAGGUAAUUUGGGAGGUGGUUAA